AUGGGGCAUCACUCUUGCUGCAACCAGCAGAAGGUGAAGAGGGGCCUGUGGUCUCCUGAGGAGGAUGAGAAGCUCGUCCGCUACAUCACCACCCACGGAUAUGGCUGCUGGAGCGAGGUCCCCGAGAAAGCCGGAUUGCAGCGGUGUGGGAAGAGCUGCCGGCUGCGGUGGAUCAACUACCUGAGGCCCGACAUCCGGCGAGGGCGGUUCUCGCCUGAGGAGGAGAAGCUCAUCAUCAGUCUCCACGCCAUUGUUGGCAACAGGUGGGCCCACAUUGCCAGCCACUUGCCUGGCCGGACCGACAACGAGAUCAAGAACUACUGGAACUCGUGGAUCAAGAAGAAGAUACGCAAGGCUCCGGCGGCGCCGAACGUAACUACCACCACCUCGUCCACGACAUCGACGAGCCCACCUAACAACGGCCUGGCACCGUGCAGCGGCAGCACGGCCACGUCGGACGUCCACCACCGCCGUCUGCAGCAUCCGACGUUCAGCUGCGCACCAGCGGGGGACCACCUGCAGCUCGACGCCAUCAUCGGCCACCACCAGAGCACCAGCCUAGCCCUGCCGGUUGCCGCCGGGGCCGGGCAGGAGGACUCGCCGCCAGGCAUGUCGCAUCACUGCCCGCUCUUCAUGUUCGACACCGGCGUCGUCAGCACGCCGUUCGCAUCCGCUGCGGCCCAGCAGCACCCGUUCAUCGCCAGCUUCACGGCAGCGAUGGCGGAAGCGGACACGCCCAGUUGCUACCACCUACCUCCCUUGGUGGACGGCAUGGGUGCCAUGGGAAUGUGCAUGGAAGCCAUGGACGAUCACUGCGGCGCCCGCGCCGGCAUGGGCAAUGGGUGCUUCGGGGACGAGCAGAGGCAGCGGCGGCGGCCGGAGCUGGAGGAGGAGGAGGGGGAGCAACUAGGGCAGCAUGAGCAGUGGGACGAGGAGCAGCUGCUGAUGUGGGAUGAUCAAGAAGUACUAACACCGUCCAACAUGGAGGCCAUGCAAAGUGGUGCACACUCCCUCCUUUUUAUGGGACCAAACGCAUGA